AUGGCCGAGGUCAUCGGGGUAGUUUCAGGCGCGAUAACGUUUGCGACGGUUCUUGUUCAAAUCGGAAAGACCAUCAUCACACUGAAAGAAUGCUACCACGAUUUACGCGACGCGCCCGACGAUCUACGGAAGCUAGUGCAACAAAUCGAGAUCUUUGGCAAAAUACUAGUGAACGUUGAGGAAGAUUUGUCCCGAAAUCCGAAUCCCCGCUUGGAGAAUAGUGAGGCUGCGCUGCAAAGCUUAGCCUAUUGCAAAGAAGCAGCGAAUGAGUUGGAUACGGUCUGCAACGAUAUCGUUCGAGAUGUUAAAUCUCCCAGCCGUUUGCGUCGGUCUUUUAAGUCUGUUAAGAUUGUGAUGCAAAGAGGGAAGAUCGAAAAGCACAUGGAUCAUUUAAGAAAUGUUAUUCAGUUACUCAUGUGGUCUGAGCAAUGCUAUCACCGGUAUGCCAUUUGA